UACCCAUGUGAGGCACCAAUAACACUGGGGGGUAUUCUGUCACAGCCCCCUCUGCAAUGCUGCCACACGGGCAGCUCCAAAAUCUAACAAUUCAAGCGUGAUUCUCUUUUUAUUUUUAUUUUGGAGAAGUUCAACCUGUAUAUUACACACAUCAGGAAAGAAGAUUUUGGUCGCCGAGUGGAAAUGGAAUAAUUGACUUUGCCACGUAAUAACUGGAUGCUGAUUGGACUCCAACUGAAGCUGUGAUUUUCCGUUCACUUUUGCACGAGGAGGCUUUGCUCCAAACAUAAAGGAUUACAGCUGAAAUUGUCACUAUAAUACCAUGGCUGAAGGAGCUGCCUCCUCCUCCUCCACAGCCAGUGGGUCCAGUGGAGCAGCUCCACCACAGACGAGCUCCGUCAAGUCCAAAGGUCUGGGCCUCCUCGGGAAGCUGAAAGUGUCCGCGGAGCUGCUGGUGGCUCUGGCUGCUCUCCUGUCCUGGGUGGUGGUUGGAGUGGUGAUGUUUGACUUUGUGGAGCACAAGGCGAUCCCUGACAUUCAGCAAAUCGUUUCGGACCCCCUGCAAGCUGUGAACGACGCUGUCGAGGAAGUCUCCAGUCUGCUCAAUAAGUUUCAAGAAUGUGCGCCUGAUUUAAGUGACCCCAUGUCCGCUGCCACCUACGCAGCUGAAGAAAUAUCUGAUGCAAAAGAUGGAUUUGUUCGCUACUUUUCCGAUGAGGAAGGGAACUUCUACCUCAGCUACGUUGACCCUGUGAUCAUCGGCAGACUAGCUUUCCAUUCAACCAAUGACUUCAUGCGUGGAGUCGUGGACACCUUCAAGGACACAUUGUGCGCCAUUGUAGACACCGCAUCAAAUACUAUAUCGGGUAUUAAUAAAGGAGAAGUUGACCUUAGCUGCGUUGACCCUGUGGUCGUAGGCAGAGGUGUCUUCAAUGUUACUAAUGGGUUUGUGUGUGGAGUGGGGGGCUACAUCCGGGAUGUGCUGUGUACCCUUCUGGACACAAUUCUGGAUGUAGUGAAAGGAACCGUGGACACUCCCUCGAUGGACCCGGUUGUAGUUGGCAGGAAUGUCUUCAGUGUUACAAAUGACACCGUGAGUAGAAUAGUGGGCUACAUCCAGGACAUACUCUGUGCCAUCGUAGACAGUGUGCUGGAUAUAACAAAAGGAACCACCGACAUAAGCUUCAUGGACCCUGUGGUUGUUGGCAGAAAUAUCUUCAGUGUUUCUAAUGACGUUCUGAGUGGAAUAACGGGCUACGUCCAGGAUGUGCUCUGUGCCGUCCUUGACGUGAUACUGGACACAGUAAAAGAUCUCCAGCAUGCUGUGGGAUUCAGCCCAAUGUCAGCUCUAAAGAGGACAGCAGAAAUCACCACAGAGCAGAUAAACAGCCUUGUGAGCUACGUCUCCACGCUGAUCGGUCAACAAGGCAUCAUGCCGGAAGUUUCCAUUGAUCCCAUGAAAGUGGUUGAAGAUGCAUUGUUGGAUGCCUCGGACAAGAAAGAUUUGUUCGUGGCUUACAUGUCGAGCAUGCUUGUUGCUGAUCGAGGUGAACCCGUCAAUGUAGUAUCUGAAAAAGAUGAAGCUGUAUCUCGCCCAUCUGAUGUGAAAAUGUUAAGACGAAAAGGGGUAUUUCUGCCAUCUUUUGAAAAAGUUACAGAGAUCAUGCAAGCUGCCAAAGAUGCUGCUGCUGCUGAAGCCCGAGACUCAAAGAUUCAGGAGGAGUAUGCAGACGUUUCCACUGAAGUUACUCGUGAAGUAGACGUGGAGGAGGAGGAUGUGAAACAUAUCAACCUUGAAGAAACAGGACAUGAACCACCAGCCAUCAAUGAAGGAGACGAGGUGGACAGAGAGGAGGAGGAACAUGAGGAGAUUCAAACAGAGGACGAUGCGGUUUAUGAGGAAGAGACAGAGGAGGAAGAGGAGGAAGGUGCUGGUACAGAAGAGGAGGAUGCCUUAAAAGCAGUGAAUGCUGAAGGAGAAGAAGGUGGAGAUAUUAUUAAAAAAGCUAUUGAAGAAGAACAAGUAGAGGAACCAAGUGAGGAGCAGGAAGCGGAGACCAAAGCUGAAGAUGUUUUGGGAAAAGGGGAGAAAGAAACACAUACAGAAGAGGAUGCAUUAAAAGAAGAGGAAACCAAAAUGGAAGAUUUGGUAGUGGAGGUGGAGGAAGAGACCCGAUCUGAAGACAUUUUGGUAAAAACGAGGGGGGAGGACAAAGUGGAGGACGAGAAGAAAAAAUCUGAAGAUGUUUUCGUAGACAAUGGUGAAGAAGAAGAUGACAUAAAAACUGAAGUGGAAGUUGAGGAGAUGGAGGAUACUUACAUUGAAGAACACGCCAUAGAAGAGGAGGAGGAGACAAAAACAGGACUUGUGGUAGAGGAGGAAAAACAGGAGGAGGAGGAGGACGUGGUGGUGUUGGUGGUGCAGGAGGAAGAGAUUGAGGACAAGGAGGAACAAAAAGAGAUUUUAGUAUUAGAUGGUGAGGAAGAAGAGGACAGUAAAAUUGAAGUGGAAAUGGAGGAACAUGCAGGAGAGGAUGAGGAGGAGACAAAUAUAGAACUUGUGGCAGAAUUAGAGGAGGAGGAGGAGGAAGAGAAGGAGACAAAAACUAAAGAUGCAGUUGAAUAUCUGGAAGAUAACGAGCAUUUAGAAGAGGAGGAAGCAGAAGAUCUGUUCAAAGUGGAGACGGUGGAAGUGGACGAAGGAGAUGAAGAACGUCUUACCCAACGUCUUGAUUUUGAAAUGAUAUCAUCUAAAAGGCUAAAUAAUACAGGUGUCAUACCUGAAUCCAACAACGUUAAAGAAGAGGAAACAACAGUUCACCACCGAGACGAAAACUCCGACAUCAUCAACGAACGUGAUGAAAACAGUGACGAGAUUGAAAGCAUGAGAUCUGGACUUAAACAAAAAAGGAAGGUUCAUCUUCGCUUUGAGAGACUGAGAAGAGUCGGAUCCAGAGCUGCUCACAAAGAGGAACACCUUGACAAACAUGGGAAAGUUCUCAAAGAGGCAAAGGAAAGACUUGCAAAAAAAGAAGUUAAAGACGCUUUUGUCAAAGACCUCGAGGAGGAGAAAAAAGAGGGAGCCAAACUUGAGGAAAUCAUUGAGAUAAAACUGAAAGAAGAAAAACUUAAGGAAGAGGCCAAACCACUGAAGCUAAAAAAUACUGAAGAAGAGACUAAAAAGGAAGAACUUAAUAAACCACCCAAAGAAGAGAAAAAAGUGAAGAAGCACAAAGAAGAUAAAGAAACAAAACAAGUGACAGAACCUACUCAAGUAAAAACAGAAGCAAAGAAACCACUAAGAAGUAAAGAAGUUAUGAAAGCAUCUGAAACAGAAAAGGGUCACAAGAAACCAUCUAAAGAAGACAAAGUAGUCAAGAAACCAUCUCGACAAGAGAAAGAGAUUCAGAAAGUGACUGAUGCAGAGAAAGAGAUAAAGAAAUUAUCAAAAGUCCAAAAAAUACCUCAAAAAGAAAGAGAGGUCAAGAAACAAUAUAAAAAAGAAAGGGAUGUCAAAAAAGAAGUAAGGAAACAAAUUCAAGAAGAGGAAGCGGUAAAGAAAUCAUGUCACGAAGUGAAAGAAGUCCAGAACGUAACUCAAGCAGAAAAAGAAGUGAAGAAACCACCUGUAGAGGAGAAAGAGAUCCAGGAACCAUCUGAAGAACAGACAGAGUUCAGGAAACCCACUGGACAAGAGAAACAAUACAAGAAACAAGUUGGUAAACCACGUAAAAAGGAGAAAGACGUCACAAAACCAUUUGAGGAAGAGAGAGAAGUGAAGAGAUUAUCAAUUAAACAUAAAAAAGUCGAGAAACCAUCUCAAGACAAAAAAGAAGUCCGAAAAUCCGUUGGACAAGAGAAACAAGUCAGGAAAACAAUUCCAGAAAAGAAAGAGGUAAAUAAAUCAUCUGAAGGAGAGAAGGAACUUCAAAAACCAACUCAUGCAGAGAAAAAAGACAAGAAACCAUCUAAAGAACAGAAAGAAGUCAAGAAACAUUCUGUAGAGGAGAAAGUGGAAAAGAAACCACCAAUUAAAGAGAAAGAUGUCAAGAAACCAACUUCAGAAACAAAAGAGGUCAAGAAACCAUCAGAAGAUAAGAGAGACUUCAAGAAAACACUUGAAGAACAGAAAGAAGUCAGAGUUCAACUAAACAAUGGGACAAAGGUAACAAGACGACUUCAAGAAGUCAAGACACCACCCAAAGAGGAGAAAGAAGUCAAGACUCCAUCCAAAGAAAAGAAAGAAGUCAAGAUACAACCCAAAGAACAGAAAGAAGUCAAAACAGCACCCAAAGAGCAGAAAGAAGGUAAGACACCACCCAAAGAAAAGAAAGAAGUCAAGACACCACCUAAAGAGCAGAAAGAAGGUAAGACUCAAUCCAAAGAGGAUAAAGAAGUCAAGACACCACCCAAAGAAAAGAAAGAAGUCAAGACACCACCCAGAGAGCAGAAAGAAGACAAGACACCAUCCAAACAGGAGAAAGAAGUCAAGACACCACCCAAAGAAAAGAAAGAAGUCAAGACACCACCCAAAGAAAAGAAAGAAGUCAAGACAGCACCCAAAGAAAAGAAAGAAGGUAAGACUCAAUCCAAAGAGGAUAAAGAAGUCAAGACAGCACCCAAAGAAAAGAAAGAAGUCAAGACACCACCCAGAGAGCAGAAAGAAGGUGAGACUGCAUCCAAAGAGGAGAAAGAAGUCAAGACUCCACCCAAAGAAAAGAAAGAGGUCAAAACUCCACCCAAAGAGGAGAAAGAAGUCAAGACUCCAUCCAAAGAAGAGAAAGAAGUCAAGACACCACCCAAAAAGCAGAAAGAAGUCAAGACACCACCCAAAGGAGAAAAAGAAGUCAAGACUCCAUCCAAAGAAAAGAAAGAAGUCAAAACACCACCCAAAGAAGAGAAAGAAGUCAAGACUCCACCCAAAGAAAAGAAAGAAGUCAAGACAUCACCCAAAGAGGAAAAAGAAGGUAAGACUCCAUCCAAAGAGGAGAAAGAAGUCAAGACUCCAACCAAAGAGGAGAAAGAAGUCAAGACACCACCCAAGGAAGAAAAAGAAGUCAAGACACCACCCAAAGGGGUGAAAGAAAGCAAGACUCCAUCCAAAGAAAAGAAAGAAGUCAAAACACCACCCAAAGAGGAGAAAGAAGUCAAGACACCACCCAAAGAGGAGAAAGAAGUCAAGACACCACCCAAAGAAGAAAAAGAAGUCAAGACACCACCCAAAGGGGUGAAAGAAGGCAAGACUCCACCCAAAGAGCAGAAAGAAGUCAAGACACCACCCAAAGAAGAAAAAGAAGUCAAGACACCACCCAAAGAAAAGAAAGAAGUCAAAACACCACCCAAAGAAGAGAAAGAAGUCAAGACUCCACCCAAAGAACAGAAAGAAGUCAAGACAUCACCCAAAGAGGAAAAAGAAGGUAAGACUCCAUCCAAAGAGGAGAAAGAAGUCAAGACUCCAACCAAAGAGGAGAAAGAAGUCAAGACACCACCCAAAGAGGAGAAAGAAGUCAAGACACCACCCAAAGAAGAAAAAGAAGUCAAGACACCACCCAAAGAGGAGAAAGAAGUCAAGACACCACCCAAAGAAGAGAAGGAAGUCAAGACACCACCCAAAGAAAAGAAAGAAGUCAAAACACCACCCAAAGAAGAAAAAGAAGUCAAGACACCACCCAAAGGGGUGAAAGAAGGCAAGACUCCACCCAAAGAGGAGAAAGAAGUCAAGACUCCAACCAAAGAGGAGAAAGAAGUCAAGACUCCAACCAAAGAGGAGAAAGAAGUCAAGACACCACCCAAAGAAAAGAAAGAAGUCAAGACACCACCCAAAGAGGAGAAAGAAGUAAAGACUCCAUCCAAAGAGGAGAAAGAAGUCAAGACACCACCCAAAGAAAAGAAAGAAGUCAAGACACCAACCAAAGAGGAGAAAGAAGUCAAGACACCACCCAAAGAGGAGAAAGAAGUCAAGACACCACCGAAAGAAAGGAAAGAAGUCAAGACUCCAUCCAAAGAGGAGAAAGAAGUCAAGACACCACCCAAAGAAAAGAGACAAGUCAAGACACCACCCAAAGAAGAAAAAGAAGUCAAGACACCACCUAAAGAAAAGAAAGAAGUCAAGACUCCAUCCCCAGAGGAGAAAGAAGUCAAGACACCAACCAAAGAGGAGAAAGAGGUCAAGACACCACCUAAAGAAAAGAAAGACUUCAAGACUCCAUCCAAAGAGGAGAAAGAAGUCAAGACACCACCCAAAGAAAAGAGACAAGUCAAGACACCACCCAAAGAAGAAAAAGAAGUCAAGACACCACCUAAAGAAAAGAAAGAAGUCAAGACUCCAUCUCCAGAGGAGAAAGAAGUCAAGACACCACCCAAAGAAAAGAAAGAAGUCAAGACACCACCCAAAGAGGAGAAAGAAGUCAAGACACCACCUAAAGAAAAGAAAGAAGUCAAGACUCCAUCCAAAGAGGAGAAAGAAGUCAAGACACCACCCAAAGAAAAGAGACAAGUCAAGACACCACCCAAAGAAGAAAAAGAAGUCAAGACUCCAUCCAGACAAAAGAUAGAAGCCAAGACACCACCUAAGGAGGAAAAAGACAUCAAGACACCAUCCAAAAAAGAGAAAACAGUCCAGACAUCUACGGAGAAGAAGGAGGUGAAAAAAUCUUCUAGAGAAGUGAAAGAAGUCAGGACUCCAUCCAGAGAAAAGGCAGGUGAGACACAAUUUACAGAAAUGAAAGAAGUCAAGAAACAGUCCAAAGAGGACGAGAAGGUGAAUAAACCAUUUGAAGAAGUGAAAGAGGUCAAUAAACCAUUUAACACAAAAGAAGGAGUCAAGAUACUAUCAAUGCAACGAAAAGGAUUAAAGAAAACACCAAAAGAAGAUAAAGAAGCAGAGAAACCAUUGAAAGUACAUCGAAAUGUAUAUAAACCCUCAAGCGCAGAGAGGGAAGUCAAUACAUCUUUUUUAGAAGAAAGAGAAAAUAAUAAACCAACUAAAAAAGAAGCCAAGACACAACUUAAGGAAGAUAAAGAAGUACAAAAAACAUCUCAAGAACAAAUAAAGGCGAUUAAACCUCUCAAAGAAAAGAAAGAAGAGAUAAAACCUCUCAAAGAAGAAAAAGUUGAAAUCAAGUCUCACAAAGAUGAAAAUAAAUCACUCAAAGAGGGGCUACAAUUGAAACUGAAAAAAACUCAAGAUCAAAUAAUAGAGAAAGUAAUGAAACCCAAUGAACUGAAGGAACCAAGGGAGCCUUCCAAGGAAAAGAAAGAAUUGAAUAAACAUUCAAAGGAGAAGGAAGAAAAUGAGCCACCAAAGGAGGAUAAAAAAAUAAUGAGACCUACAAAAGAAAAAGAGAAAAAAGACCAAGAGAAACCCUCCAAAGACCAGAAAGACGUGAUGCCCAAAGAGCAAAAGGAAUCAAAGAAAAUAUCUAUUGAAAACGUAGAACAAACAAAACCCUCCAAUGAGAAAAAUAUUAAAAAGACCCAUAAAGACAAAGAACCUGUCCAGACUGGUGAUACUACCAAAGACGCUGCAACCAAAAAGGCUGCGAGGAGGAUUAAAGUAGUCAAGGAAGAGGUUCUGGAGAAGGAACACCUUAAUGUCACAAAAGCAGGCGUUCGACCCAAAAAGCUUUCAAGGAGGAUUAAAGUAGUCUUGAAAGAGGUUGCAUCUGUUCUGAAGAAGGAACACCGUAAUGUCACAAAAGAAGUUGAUGGACCCAAGAGGGCAGUCAAGGUCCUGAAAGCUCCAAAAAAGCAGACAGUUCUUAUCCCGAAAAAGGACCACAAGAUUGUUACAAAGACAGCUGAUGAACCCGAGGGGGCAGUGGAUGGCUUAAGAACUGCAAAGAAGCAGUCAGUUCCUAAACUGAAAAAGGAGCACAUGGAUGUCACAAAGACAAAGGUUCCUGAAGCUCCUAAAGUGAAAGCCAAACAAGAAUCUGCAAAGAAAGGGGCAGCUCAUAAAGAGCCCGUAAAGGAACCAAAGGAAAACAUCAAACCUACGCGUGUAAAACAAGAUGAUGAACCUAAGAAGGCUGCACAGAGGAUUAAAGUACUUCUCAAUGUUACAAAACCAGCAAUAAUAGAGAUUCCUAAACAUUCUGACUUGAAGGCCAAACCAGAACCCACGAAGAAAGACGUUUCAAAGGACAAAGCGAAAGCAGCUCCUGCUAAGAAAGAAGCUGUUGCUCUAAAAGAAAAGGCCAAAGCAGUUGACAUGAAAAGAGAACGAGAAGUCGCUCCCAGAAAUGCGUCUCUGGUCAAACUCACAGUCAAAAUAGUGCCUGUGAAAAAAGAGGUCAAAGUGCCAAAAAAGGAAGUCAAAGCAGUUUCUGCAAAAAAAGUGUCUAUAACUCAAAAACAGAAAGUCAAACCAGCACAAACAAAAAAAGAAGCUGAGGUUCUCGGGGAGAAGAAGGCCGAGCCACUGACUCCCACCAAAGAAGCUGCUCUAAAAGAAAAAAGAAAGACUAAAACCUCACAGAAAGAACCUGAGACCAAGCUCCUUCUCGCCAGAAAAGCAAUAAAGUUAUCAAAGGAGACGCCUAAGCCACCUCGUGGAAAGAAAGCUCCUUCUAAAACUGAGGAUGACACCAAGGAGGGAGAUGUCAAAUCCCUCCUCAGGACGAAAGAUGACAUCAACAGAAAUUACAUUCUUAUCUACUCAGAGCCUUCAAUACCAAAGGACAUGGCCAAACAAAAAGAAGUAUUGAAGAAAAAGUCCAAAGCAGCCAACGUGAAGAAAGAACUGGAGACUCCUAAAGGAAAGGACAAACUGGCUGCAGUGAAGAAAGAAAAAAACUUUGAGAAGAGGACAAGCAAAGAGGAGAAAGCUCAAGCUGAUAGAGUUCUUAAAGAGAUACAGGAGCCACCAAAGAAAGAAAGAUCUACCGAGAAGAAAGCUGCCAUGGAGGGGGAAAUAAAAGCUGAGCAUUCAGUAUCAGACAGCUUCCAGAUUCAAGAAGAGAUGCCCUACUUCCAGUGUUUCUUUUUGGACGAGGACGAGGCCCAAUUUCCUUUCCACGCCUUCUCGCCGAUGCAUAUUUGAAGCUUCAGUCUGAAUCCAGUCUGAGGUUUAGAAUUUUGACAAUUUUACUGAUAAUGACAAGGUCACACCCUGCGCUGCUGAGAGCAGCCCUGCUGUUGGUUCUCAUGAGAAAACCCUGAACAGCAAAGGAUGAUGGGGGAUUUAAUGUGACGGUCCGAUUUUCUUUCACUUCCAGAUUUGGUUGAGCUCUCGUACCGAAUACAUGAAGCCAGUGUCAUUCCUUUCCAUUUUGUUAUUUAUUUUGUGUGUUCAAUGGUUUUAAAAGUUGGAUAUCUUGAGAAUGAUGGAACUAUAUAGAGUAUUACCUCGGAGGAUCAUGCAUUUAGAUCCUCACAGCAAAUGCAGUUUUUUAAAGAAGGAACAUAGGGCUUUAAACAAGGUACAAAAUGGCCACAAUUGUGGAUUCAAGGUGGACAGAGCGCUGAUUCCCCGCAUUUACUUGAAAAGUGGUCUGUACAGUAACAUUUUUAUGCACCAUGUGUAAUUUCAACUUUUUCCUUCAUUGCAUUAUAUAUGGGUAGAUUUUUAGUGUGUAUUUGAAAGCUUUUAAAGCCCUGGAACCAAUUGGGCAUUUAUAGGGUUUGUUGAUUAUUCCAUUAUUCUUAUAUAUAUAUAUUUUCAUUAAUUUCAAGGAAAUCUUGUUUUUACACAUGUUUCUCUGUCAAGACAGAUGUCUUGUUUCUGUUCUUGACUACUGUCUGUAAUGUGUCUAAAGGAAUGACCACGCACUGUAUAUGAGAGCUCCCAAACAUACUGAUGAAACACUACCUAUAAAGUCUUAUUUAACUGUGGACAUGUGCACACGCUCCUGAUUCGGACAUUGGCGCAUUGCAUCGCCUGUACCUGUCAGAAUGAAUGAAGACAUGUCGGAAAAGGAUUUUCCCAACUGCUCACUCGGUUCCAAUUCUUUGACUUCAGGCAUUUGAAUUUGAUCAAACUUGUUGAAGUCAAUUAGAGAGCAAGUAAAGAAUAGUCUCGCACUGUUGCACUGGUCACUUGAAAGACCAGAAAUGUGCGCAAAUAUGUAAAUAGCCUACAUGUUAUAUUGCAGCAACCUUUUGAACAGGUUUCUAACAUAUAACAUUUUAUUAAUGCAUAUCUUUGAUUACAUACAAAGGAUUUGUAUUACCUUACAAACAACAUACAAACAAAUAUCCUGUUCUGUACAGAGUGGGUGACAUGAUUUCAGAUCGAUUUUGAAUACAUUUACUGGUGAAAAAUUGAAUCCAAGUUAUAUAUUUGAAAUCUCUGAGUAAUCGUAUGAAAGAUGAUGACAAGAGCUGCAAUAAUCAGCUCUUUACAGGUUUUGAAAACUUGAACGUUGUUACUGUGGUUAUGUUGACACCAAAGUGAAACAUUGAGAUGUAUCAUUUACACAUGUGAAUAUAUCUGCACAUCAUGUGAUCACACUCUACAUGGAUGCAGAUGGCGUCACAUGUUUGGGCCGAUGAUCUCAGAUGUAAACUUCUACGUCGAAUCUCAGCUUGUACAAGCUGUUGUUUACAUAUGCCUCUUUAAAUUCUGCUCCAUAUGCCGCAUGGAAGACAGUUCAUGGAGCUUGUGGCCCAAGUCCACUCAAAAGGAAAUCUCCUCAUCUGCUUCAUUAGAAUAAUAGUACAUGCGUUGAUGGUGCAUAGGUCCUUCUUCCCGAAAUCGCAAUGUGCUGUCUUUGCAUAUGUAUUUUGAGAUCAAGAAUUUGAGCAAAAGAUAUUGUUGCUAGUGUGACAAAUGGCGUUUUGAUUUGAGGGGACAAUAGAUGAAUAUUGUUUGUAUGGUUUUAAUUUAAUGACCUAAAAAGGACUUGUUAGGAUGUGCAAUAAAUAAUUAUUUUCUCAAUUCUGAUUGAUCAAUGUACAUUUAUCUUAUAGUCCUCGAAUGUAAUGUGCAUGAAAUGUGAUUGUUUGUGUUUUAUGCUCACAAAUGUUUUUGUGACGUUUUUUUCCUCCUUUGAGAAUAGCAACACAUUGGAAUUUAUCGAGUCCCCUUUGAAAUAAUCUUGUUGUAAAUAGUUAAAUAAGUGGCAAGAUUGUUCGCCUUAUCCCCUUAACCAUCACUUCUGCAACUCCUAUUUUACCGUAACCAAAUGAAUUUGUCUAUGUGAAGAGUAGCAAUGUGACAUUAAAACAUGUACAAGUG